UGGCUAAUUUGGCGUUUGGCGUUUGCCUGGAGGAGUUGAUUUCGGACCACAGACAAAAACACGCUUCAAAAUGUGAUGUACAAGAAAUUUUGGACUUUUUCAGCUUUAAAGCUAUUAUUUGUUAAAAAACCUAGGCCAUAAUGGCAACGUUGGUCCUUGAUAAUGGAGCCUACACUGCUAAAAUCGGGUACAGCCAGGAAAAAGUGAGUGUGAUACCUAACUGCCAAUUUCGCUCCAAAACCUCAAGACUGAAGACAUUUACUGCAAACCAACUGGAUGAAAUCAAGGAUCCCUCUGGACUCUUCUAUAUUCUUCCCUUUCAGAAAGGCUAUCUGGUGAACUGGGAUGUCCAGAGGAAAGUAUGGGAUCAUCUUUUUGGGAAAGAAAUGUUCAAGGUGGAUUUUGCAGACACCAGCAUUAUUAUCACUGAGCCAUACUUCAACUUCACGUCAAUCCAGGAGUCGAUGAAUGAGAUCCUGUUUGAGGAAUAUCAGUUUCAAUCAGUUCUGCGGACAAAUGCUGGAUCUUUGAGCGCUCACCAUUACUUUCACACAAACCCAAAAGAGUUGUGCUGUUUGGUUGUAGACACUGGUUUUUCCUUCACUCACAUUGUUCCGUAUUGUCGCAGCAGAAAAAUGAAGGAAGGUAUACGCAGAAUCAAUGUUGGAGGAAAACUUCUGACAAAUCACUUAAAAGAAAUAAUUUCAUAUCGGCAGCUGCAUGUUAUGGAUGAGACACAUGUGAUAAACCAAGUGAAAGAGGAUGUCUGCUACGUUUCACAACAGUUUUACAAAGACAUGGAAAUAGCACAACAAAAAGGAGAAGAAAACACAGUGAUGAGAGAUUAUGUUCUUCCAGAUUUCAGCUCCAUCAAAAAGGGCUUCUGCAAACCAAGAGAAGAAAUGGUGUUCAGUGGGAAGUACAAAACUGGGGAGCAGAUUUUGCGUUUGGUCAAUGAACGUUUUGCUGUUCCUGAGAUGCUCUUCCACCCUUCGGACAUCGGCAUCCAGGAGAUGGGGAUUCCAGAGGCCAUAGUGCACUCCAUACAGGCCAUGCCAGAAGAAAUGCAGCCCCACUUCUACCAGAACAUCGUGCUAACUGGAGGAAACACUCUGUUCCCGGGAUUCCGAGAGCGACUGGAGGCUGAGCUGAGGUCCUUGGCUCCUGCUCACCUCCCUGUGUCCAUCCUGAUGCCUGAGAAUCCGAUCACAUAUCCUUGGGAAGGAGGGAAACUUUUGGCUCAGAAUCCAGACUACGAGGAGAUGGUGGUGACAAGGGACGACUUUGAGGAAAAUGGACACUGUGUUUGUGAAGAAAAGUUUGACGUUUGAAGUGAAGUAACUGCAGAAAAGGACCAAAACUAAGGGACUGAAAUAAUUCAAGCGAACAUUAGCAGUUAGUGUAUGUCUCUGUUGAAUUGUAGCUUGGUAAAUAAAGGCACUCUAAUGGGAA